AUGAAUUAUAUCCAACCAUUUCCGUAUUACUUAACUCUUAGAGGAGUGUGCCAGCAAUGGUUGGAUGAACUCUAUCAAAAUAUAUUUCCUAAUAUGAAAGAAAUGAAUCUUGUUAAAAGACACGAAUUCGAAGAUAGCAUCAAUUACAAAUAUCCAUGGUACAACAUGAAGGCCAAAAAAACAUACGAUGCUUGUAUUCGAUAUUUGUCUUUAUUAUUCCCAAAUGUUGAAGCAAUCUCUAUGCCCUUGAUAAAACACCGUGACUUUGUUCAAUUAUAUGCUCCAAACGCAUUUCUAUCCCUAUUUCCCAAAUUAACAAAACUAUGCUUGUUCAAUACUACUCCAUUUGAUGAAUUGUUUUGGUAUGGAAACUAUUUGCAACUUGUUAAAUAUGAAUUUUUUAAUUUUGAAGACAUUGCGGACUGGUAUCCAGAGGUUAGCAAGGAUAUCAACAAACUAUUACAUUAUACUAGAGACACAGAUAUAUGCAAGCCCUAUAUCCUCAAAAACUCUCGUUUGAACCCUUUUUUUAAAGCUAUUAAGUACUUGGUUCUAGAAGAAAAACUUUCAUUUGAGCAUAUGGACUUGUUUAGCAUGCAAGGCAAACAUUUUUCGACGGAAAUUAUAGAUUUCUUUAUUGAAAAUUACAGAAAACAAAUAGAUAAUGGCUACAAACAAAUGUACCCUUUUGAGGAAUAUUUUAAGCAAGGUGGAAUAUUGUCUGUGAAUUGUGAUAUAGCAAACUAUAUUUAUGAAAAAGAGGUAUUCAAAAUUGCUUUCUCACAUGCCGUCACAAAUGAUGAAAUUGCGUUCACAAUUGUAGGAAAAAUUUUAUGCAAUAUUACAUCUCUAACAUUAGCAAAAGCAAUUUUUGAGCAAGCAAAAUUUCCAAUUCUAUUUGAGCAAGAAGUUAACCCUUUGCUUAUUCUUCUUAACAACAAUACUUGCACUGAUGUUCCUAAAAUAAUCGAACUUCUUUGCUCGUUAUACCCAAAUUUGAUUACUCUCGGAGACAUAAAUGGAACUCUUGUUAAGAAUAGUAAUAACCAAUACGUCCAUGAAUGUAAUUUAUUGCUAAAGUAUAUCCAAAAUAACGGGUCAAGGUGCUCAAGCGCAGUGUUGGAAUGUUUUUUCAGACUGGGAUGUGAUUUGAAAUAUGUUGACCUGGAAACGAAUAAUAAUUUACUUCACAUUUGCCCUAAUCCAUAUUUGUUUAGUGUUCUUCCAGCAGACUCAUUGCUAAUGAAAAAUAAGGAAGGACUGACCCCAAUUCAAAUGAAUAGCACUGCACUCAAUCAGGAGGAUGAAAACGGAAAAUUGGCGUUCACAUAUUUCAUUGAGGACUUACUUUUCAAACACAAAAGCUCAUUUGCUCUGGGAAGAGCUGUCAUCACUCUUUCUCCUCAGGACGAGUUAAAUGUGGAACGAUUGAUGGACAAGGGUUGUGAUAUACUUACAGUUUUUCAGGGAAUCAACAUUGGAAUUGCCAAGCAGGGUCACAUUAUUCUUAAUGGAGCUCUUUCCUUGAUAGCUCUGAUCAAUAUUCCGUUGAUUGCUAAAACUAGACCAAUCUUGAAAGCUCUAUGUACAGAACUAGCAAGAUAUGAAUCUUUGGAUAAUUUGUUGGUGACUAGGCUAGAUUUUUCUCAUAUUGAAUUGGAACAAUCAUUAAGAAACGUACCUAUUAAUGCCCUGUCAAUGUUGUUAUGGAAUUGGUGCGUAGACCCUCAACCGCUUCUUCUGAUGAAUAACUUUAAAGGAAAACGACCAAUACUCUCUGAUCGGUGCUUUUCCAAUAUAUUCGAUGCUGACACAGGUAUACGUUGUGAUUUUCUUUACUAUUUCCUUGCGGGUCGAUUUGACUUGGCAAACUUACAACUUUAUGUUUCUGGAUUUUAUAACUAUCAGAAUAGCUGGCAAGGAUAUGACUAUUUCACAACCCAUAUAAUCAAAAGGUUGACCUUUCAUCAUCUCAAUGGCAGAGAACUUAACGUUCUUCAAUUAUGUUGUAAGCUUGAUAAUGUUAAAGCGUUCUUUCACUUCAAGUCCAUUCAACCGUACCAACCUCAAGAUUUUGUGGAUAUUAUAGCAGAGAAUGGUGAUAGCUUUGGUUCAUUCAUUGAUCAAUAUCCCAAAGUGAAAUGGAAUCCUGAGCAUAUCAUCACUGCGUUGAAGAAUCAUCACUAUGUACUUUGCUUCAAGUUAAUCAGUACUUAUGACGAGUUAUUGACAACAAUAUCGUUAGAGGAAAUUGUAGAGAUCAUUUGUGGAUGCACUUAUUCGUCAAAUGACAUUGCAAAUUUUGAUAUCAGUGCUAUGAAACUACUGGAUAGUGUUAACAUUACGACGAAGAAAGGUUAG